GUGUAUUAGGCUGAAAAGUUUUCAAACAUGUGCGACUCCGUCAUCUCGACCGGACACGAGCACGAUAACAGUGUGUCAUCGUCGUCGGUGGCAGCGACGACAACAACGACAACAACAACAACAACCACCACCACGGCCACUGACACUGCCACCGCUGCCACUGCUACUACUACUCCCGCGGCUUCGACGACAAAAGAAAACAGUAAAGCCACCGGUGCGUCGAAUAACAAUGCCGUCGACAGUGCAACGAGUGCUGCAGCAGCCAAGGAGUCGACGAAGCUUGUCGAGUCGAAAAAAGACGAUAGUAAAGUGACAGAGAGCGAGGAUGACAAAGGCAAGGACGAGGCACGUGCGUUGGAUCCCAAAAAGAGUGAAAACAAAGUGCCUGAAUCCUUGCUGCACAAUGUACUGAAACACAGUGCUCCACUGCCAACCUCAACGCCAUCCGUUCAAGGUUAUGACUUUAACGAUGGAAUCAAUUACUCAGCCCUGUUCAGAACUUAUCGACACUCUGGCUUCCAAGCAACAAAUUUUGGACUGGCGGUGGAGGAAAUUCUCAGAAUGCUCGUGGCUCGUAGAAUACCACUCGAACCGGAUCAAGAGGACAAUUUAGAAGAGGAUGAGUUUAUCAAGAGGAGGCAUGGUUGCACUAUAUUUUUAGGUUACACAUCGAAUAUGGCAUCGUGUGGUGUUAGAGAAACCAUAAGAUUUCUUGCCGAGCACAGAAUGAUCGAUUGUAUAGUCACAACUGCGGGUGGUGUGGAAGAAGAUUUUAUUAAAUGUUUAGCCCCAACUCUUGUAGGCGAUUUCCAUUUGGAUGGAAAAACCCUCAGGGAUAGGGGUAUCAAUAGAAUAGGCAAUUUACUAGUACCUAAUGAUAACUACUGCCUUUUUGAAAACUGGGUCAUGCCAAUUUUAGAUAAAAUGUUAGAAGAACAAAAAGAAAAAGGUACCUUAUGGACCCCGUCUAAAGUAAUUGCUAGGCUAGGAGAAGAAAUAAAUAAUAGAGAAUCUAUAUACUACUGGUGUGCCAAAAAUAAAAUUCCAGUAUUUUGUCCUGCAUUAACUGACGGAAGUCUUGGAGAUAUGAUGUAUUUCCAUUCGUUCAAAAAUGAUCCUGGCCUUGUCAUAGACAUUGUUUCAGAUCUGAGAAGAAUCAAUACAAUAGCCAUGAAAGCAAUAAGAAGUGGAGUCAUUAUAAUUGGAGGAGGUGUAGUGAAGCAUCACAUUUGUAAUGCGAAUCUCAUGAGGAAUGGUGCAGAAUUUGGAGUAUUUUUAAAUACAGCCAACGAGUUCGAUGGUAGCGAUAGCGGAGCAAGGCCUGAUGAAGCAGUUUCAUGGGGAAAAAUAAAGAAAGACUCUAAAGCAGUAAAGAUUUACGCCGAAGCAUCGCUGAUCUUCCCAAUUUUAGUCGGCGAAACGUUCGUGCGUCAUUUUGUGUCGUACAAAAUGCGCGUUUCAACCACCGUUUAGAUAUACUUUAUCUAGAUUUGUAUUAUUAUUAUUAUUACUAUGAAAUACUGGCAAUAACGAUGAAAUUUUUUUUUAUAAAAUUGAAUUAUAAAACGGCGUUUUUCGAGCAGUUUUUGUAGAGAAGUAACGAA